AUGGGGCACUCGGUUUUGUUCAGGAUGCCAGGCCUUCUGGUCCUCCUCGUGACUACAAAUCUACUCUCGAAUCUUGCCUUUGCUGCCUCGCUUCCAGGAGACUCGUCCUAUGUGGCUGCUGCUGGGUUUCCGACCUCUGCAUUCUCGUCCUACUACCUUUCCCCAGCCCAGCCAACCAAACAACCCCAGCCAAUACUUUAUGACCCCGUGUUGGACCUCACUUUCCCUUACGAGUUGACGGAUCCCGACAAUAUCCCGGACAAUCAGGAUGAGGUCUAUUUCCCUGUUCCCCGAACUCAUACACCUGCCAAAAAGAGGUAUAAGCUGGUUCAGGAAGCAGUAUCCAAUGUGACCACCAUCAUCAAGUCAAAUAGCUCCGAGGACAACUGCACCAAAUGCAAGAAUGCCCUAGCCGCAGCGAAGCCUGCAGCGUUGCAUGCCCCAGCUUUUGUUCCCAAUGCCAUGAUCAGCCUAUGCAAGGCCUUUCGCUUCCAUGCCAAUGAGACGUGUGAGCAAGAUUUUGCUACGAACACCUUCGGUGCUAUCUGGACCCAGGUGCUAGCACACGCUGAUGUAGAAGGGUUGGAUGGUCAAUACAUCUGCCAUUCUCUCAGCAGCAAGUAUUGCAGCGCGCCAAAGACUAACCCGCUUGACACGACCAGUCUUUUCCCCAAGCCCAAGCCUGCAGAUCUCCAGGUCCCCGAGGCAAGUGGGGAGCGGGUCAAAGUACUACAUCUGUCAGACUUCCAUCUAGAUGCCCGAUAUGCUGUCAGUUCCGAGGCAAACUGCACGUCUGGUCUCUGCUGUCGGGGUGAUAACUCCAACGACGUUUCCGAGGACAAGCCACUGCUUUCUACCUCCGCAUAUGGGUCUUUCCUGUGCGAUACCCCGUAUGACUUGGGUCUCGCUGCUUUGCAGGCUGUUGGCCCUUUAACUGGAACUGGCAAAGGAAACAACGACGAGCACUUUGCAUGGACGCUCUAUACGGGCGAUCUGGUAUCGCAUGAUCCGGCAUCCCAGAUAUCCAAAGCGUUGACUCAGUAUACGGAGACCAGCAUUUAUGGCAUGUUCAAACACUAUCUCUCCGGUCCUGUCUUUGCAGCACUCGGAAAUCAUGACACUAGUCCUGCAAACAUCGAUUCUCCUCAUAAUCUCCCUGGACGUCUGGGGGAACAGCAAAGCUGGAAUUAUGAGCACCUCGCUGGACUGUGGCGCCAUGAAGACUGGAUUAGUCGUGAGACCGCUGAUGAAGCGAGAACGCAUUAUGGUGGCUACUCUGUCAAGACACACUACGGACUACGCAUCAUUGCAUUCAACACCGACUUGUGGUACCGACACAACAUCUUGACCUUCAUCAACACCACUGACCCCGAUAGUUCUGGGAUGUUCUCCUGGAUGAUCGAGGAAUUGCAAAAGGCCGAGGACGCCGGUGAGCGUGCCUGGAUAAUUGGCCAUGUCCUCAGUGGCUGGGACGGGACCAACGCACUCCCAAACCCGACCGAUCUGUUCUAUCAGAUCGUGGACCGCUACUCGCCUCACGUUAUUGCCAACGUUUUCUUCGGACACACCCACGAGGAUGAAUUCAUGGUUUACUAUGCCAAAAAUGGGACUGUGCAGGAUGCAGACAACGCCCUCACCACGGGCUGGAUCAUGCCCAGCCUAACCCCUCUGACAAAUCUGAACAGUGGCUUCCGUGUGUACGAAGUCGACAUGGGUGACUUCAACAUCUACGAAGCAUACACCUUCUACAGCAAUGUGUCGGACAAUGUGUCGGACUACCCGACUCUCGAGCAUACGGGUCCGACAUUUGAGAUUGAAUAUUCCAUCCGCGAUGCAUAUGGACCUGCAGCUGUGUGGGACGAGGAUGCGCCGUUGAACGCGACCUUCUGGCACCGGGUUACCGAGGCCAUGGAGAAGGAGGUGGAGCUUGUCAGUCUGCAUAACACUUACCAGGGGAAAUGCAGUGACAAGAGCCCCAAGUGUACUACAGCCGCAUGCCAGAAGGCGAAAGUUUGCUACAUGCGCAGUGGUGGUGUCGCAUUGGGUAGCCAGUGCCCUCAAGGAUAUGGAUCUGUGCAAAGCGCCUUCAAGGAAAACUAG